AUGACUUCACCCGACCCAGACGAAAUCGCACGCGCAUGUAUAGACAAAUACACGAGCCACCGCGAGUUUUGGCCGGACGUUCGGUCAAACGGUGUUCCCCAGUUCACGGUCCUCGCCGGUAUAGUACUCCACGACUCGGAUUCGGGUCAGACCGAGUGUAUAUCGCUGGGAACGGGCGCCAAAUGUCUGCCGUUUAACAAGUUACCCAAGUCGGGCGAAGCGCUGCAUGAUUCGCAUGCAGAGGUGUUGGCGCGACGAGGUGGGGACGCCUCGACGAGCGCGUUGGCGAUUAACCAGCCUGUCGAGAUGGCCACCCUCAAAGCUAUAUCACCUAUGCCUCAGCCAGAAAGGGGAACGACCGCGAGGGGAAGAGACAACUAUAAUGCAUUGGGUUGGCUGAGAACUAAACCAGCAAGAGCAGAUGCACCACCGACAAUUUCACACUCGUGCAGCGACAAGAUCGCACUAUGGAGCCUCGUCGGAUUCCAGGGCGCGUUGCUCUACCAACUCAUGGGUCCGUUGUUUUUCUCUGGGUUAGUGAUCGGGGAUGUCCUUGGGCAAUUUUCGGACUCGGAAGUGGAUCGGGUUCGGGAGGAUUGCCAGCGUGCGUUUGUUGAUCGUCUGCGCCCAUUGCCUGAUGGUAUCCAGGUUGUGCACGAGUUACGGAUCGUGUUCACGAGGGUUUUGUUCCCACACACACGCUCGCAAAUUGUAGCACCCAAUGCUGUCUCCGAUCCAGAAUCGCAUAUAUGGAUCGGCCCAAGCACUAAUAACCCGGAUGCUUGGGAGACCAUCGUGAAUGGUUUCCGACGGGGAAUAGGUCCUAAACGCUACCAAACCCCAAGAUUCCAGCCUCUCCUUUGCAAAGCAUCGUUCAUGAGGCUUCAUAUAAUUUGCUGCAAAGUGCUGGGAGAAAUAGAUUAUUAUACUACAACCUACUACCAAAUGAAACGAUGUGGUUGCGCUGAGAAAUACCAAUUCGCCAAAUCUGUAUUACGGUCGUCUGGUGCGCCACUAGAGGGGUGGCUUGUGAGUGGACAAGAAUGGGAAGAUUUUGAAGCAAAUAAAAUGGAUUAG